AUGCCCGACGGCAAAAACUCAUAUCUCAUCGUCGGUGCCGGCGUGUUUGGUGUCUCGACGGCAUACCACCUGAUCAAAAAGUACCCGGAUGCGUCGAUAACCAUCGUCGACCGGGACGCCUACGACGCCGAGUCUCGGGUCGCCGCCUCUUGGGACUGGAACAAGGUCGUCCGUGCCGACUACGACGACAUCGUCUACUGUCGACUGGCUCUGGAGGCUCAGGACGUUUUCCAGUCGGACCCCCUGUGGAAGCCGUACUUCCACCAGACGGGCAUCUACUGGAUGUGUCGGUCCGACUACGCCCAGGAGGUCCUGGACAACUACAAGAAGUUGGGCCGGAGGGCGGACCUGGCCGCCGUCCCCGUCGACGAGGCCCGGAGGCUGUACGGCGGGCUCUUCGAGGACGCCGACUACACCGGCGUCAAGGAGGUGUUGGUCAACAAGACCAGCGGGUGGGCCGCCGCGGGUGACUGCCUGAUCGCCGUCACGAAGGAGGCCCUCCGCCUGGGGGUCAAGUACGUGACAGGCGAGGUCGAGACGGUCUUGGUGGACGCACGACAAGGCGGCAAAUGUACGGGCGUGAAGACGACCGCCGGAGACGUGCUCACCGCCUCUCACGUCCUCCUCUGCACGGGCGCCUACACCCCCAAGUUGCUCGAGCUGAGCGCCGACAGCACCCGCAACGACAAACUGUCGGCGGGGACGAGGAUCGUGGCCGGUGGCAUCACGACGGGCAUGACGACCCUCGACGACGAGUCCUACGGGCGGUUCAAGUCCAUGCCCGUCGGCGUGCAAGGGUACACGGCCGAACAGGGGCCCUUCAUAGGCAGCCUGCCACCCACCAAGGACAAGGAGCUCAAGUGGUGGGGCCAGACGAUAUUCACAAACAAACGGGAAGUCUUGCCCGGUCGACUGCUGUCCGCGCCACCGGCCGAGCCCGACUACGCCCAGUGGAAGGUGUCGGGGCGCCUGAAGGAGGACAUCAACCAUGCCAACCACGUCUUUUACGGGAAGAAGGGGGCCACGUGGAAGAUGGAGAAACAUCGAAUUUGUUGGGACGCCUUCACCACCAGCGCCGACUUCAUCAUCUCCCCCCACGCCGCGGCCGAGGGACUGUACGUCGCCACGUGCGGCAACUUCCACGGUUUCAAAUUCUUCCCCGUGCUCGGCAAGUACAUCGUCCAGAUGCUCGAGGGGACCUUGUCCCCCGAACUCACGGAGAAAUGGGCCUGGGACCGAGAGAGGCCCGACUCGUCUCGCAACCCGGACUACCCUAGGUGGGAGAUGAAGGAUCUGAUUGGCACAUCAAAGCUGUAGUUUUUUUUUCUCUUGUUUUGUUUUUGGCAGCGUUUUCGAUAUAUACUUUGUACAUGACUGCUUCCAUCCGUCACGGCGAGACAAAAUAGCACGGUAAAUCCAUCAGGUAUCGUUUGGAACGUCAACGAGCAGGUUCUUACAAGGGUAAGGAACCGGGCACUCAGGUGUAGGGAAGUACGACGAGAGAAUAUACUCAACUCGGCAUGGGGGUCCUAAGUGUUGUAAUCCUGGGAGUUUCGGAUUCCGCAUUCCGUACUCCGGACGUCCAUGACCUCAAGGUUGGUACAGUGUUACAUAUUUGACUGUACCGGGCAGAGCACGGAGUAGAUCCUUGAUAGUCAUAAAGAAUGGGAGGGGGAGAAUAAGGUACCAAGUGAUCGGUGAUGAGCAUAACCCGAUACAAAAUGAGGUAGUAAAAAUAUGCGGGGAAAUAUCGUUCCGCUUGCAUCGCGGAGGGCGGAAAGAUGCCCG